AUGUAUGUAAGUUAUAAAAAGAAUGAUGACACACAAGUUAAAGUUCCAUUAGACAACAACUGUUACUUAAACUUAUAUGGAGACGAACAAAAGAAAUAUUUAAGAGUUUAUGAAAUGACGGAUAUGACAUUGUCUAACGUAGCUCCAGCACCGUAUUAUUUCGACUCUGGAGAUGAUGUCAGAACGCCGCAUGUAGAUGAACAAAAGCAAACAUUAUAUUUAGAUUAUUAUAGAUAUAAAAGAUAUAAUGCAAUAGAAAAAACGAGAAUAGUAUAUUAUUAUAUAGAUGACAAAAAUAAAUAUUAUAGUCAAGAUUUUACAUACCCUGAAAACAUAAGAUUAUAUUAUAAAAAAUAUUCUGACACAAACCAGAAGAAACCCGAAAUAGUUACACUAUAUUUUAAGUUCAAAAGAGACAAUCCUAUAUUAUCUCAUAUGUUUGAUUUAAUGAACCCAGUAGGUUCUAUUUAUACAUCUAUGGAUGUGAGAGGUCCUCAAGCAAUGUUUGGUGUUGGUGCAUGGGAACAAAUAGUCGACAGGUUUUUGUAUUGUGCAAACUCUUCAAAGGAAACAGGGGGAAGUAAAACGAUUACAGGUGAAAAUUUACCUGCACACAGUCACUACAUAGAUUUAAGUACAUCUCAAGCGGGUUGGCAUAAGCAUAGAUAUUGGGAUUGGUCAGGAAUGACAAAAGGUAAAGGAUAUGAUGUUAAAGACAACGUUAAGUUUGCCAUAAAUUGUUACUGGAGUGACACUCAGGGAGAAGGAAACCAUACACAUCGCGUUUCAGGAUAUACACAAACAACGGGACAAAGUAAAGAUUACAUGCCACCAUUUAUGACUGUAUUCGCAUGGUAUAGAGUUCAAUGA